CUCUCUGCGCAGAUCCGCCGAUCAGAAGGGAACCAACAGUGCAAGCGUGAGGACGGGAGAACAUCUAGGUUCGGCAGCGGCGUGUCCAACACCUUACACACACCACCAUCACCAUCACCGACUCUCCAUCUCUUCAGAUUACUUCUGUUAAAGAGGGAGAGAGUCCGACGACGUAUUUUUACCAUCGAAACUAUUGAAACAUCAACAACCCUCAAUCAAAGCAAAACAGCAAGCAAGUUUCGUUAAAUUCAACAACAACCGACUUUUUUCGGGGCAAGAACAGCGACAAGGCGCUUUUCGUCGUUCCCGCAACAAGCGUACAUUUCAAAGAGUAGACAUGGCCGACUCAGAAAAGCAGCCCGAGCAGCAGCAGCAGAGUGCCCAAGCGGCAUCGCCAACUGCUGGCCCACAACAGCAGCCAAAGCAAGCUCAGCAGCAACAGCAGCAGCAAAAAAUGGUCAUUGCUAGCAAAGUUACUGGCACGGUGAAGUGGUUCAACGUGAAGAGCGGCUAUGGGUUCAUCAACAGGAAUGACACCAAAGAAGAUGUAUUUGUCCAUCAGUCGGCAAUUAUUAAGAACAACCCGAAGAAGGCAGUGCGAAGCGUAGGCGAUGGGGAGGUAGUCGAGUUCGACGUGGUGAUUGGCGAGAAGGGCAAUGAGGCGGCCAACGUGACCGGGCCGGACGGCGAGGCGGUAAAAGGUUCGCCGUACGCCGCGGAGAAGCGUCGUGGCUAUCGCCAGUAUUACAAUCGGCGCGGUGGCCCAGGACAAGGACAGGGCUCCGGUGGCCCCAGUAACCGAUCGGUACGCCGCAACCGUGAGGGCCAGGAAGGCUACGAAUCCGGCGAAGGUGGUAAGACCGGAGACGAGCAGAGCGGCGGUGAAGGUGGCGCUAACCAGGGUAGCCAGCAGCAACGUCGCUACAGGCCACGCCGUCAUUAUGACGGUUUCUACCGCGGUGGUAGACGUGGCGGCGGUCAAGGCCAAGGUGAAAAUGGUCAAGGCGAUGUGAGCAACCAAGGAGAUCAGGGCCAGGACGGCGAAGGUGGCCAGCGUGGUGGUAACAAUCGUGGACGUGGCGGACCACCGCGUCGCUUCUUCCGACGCAAUUACCGCGGUGGACGCGGUGGUGGACCCGGUAGACGUCCACGUAGCCAGGAUGGCCAGUCGGAGCAAAAGUCAGAUGCACCCACGGAAAAGGAUGCACCCACCGCUGCACCUGCCGCACAGGAUAAUCAGCCGGCGCAGAACGCAUCCAAUUCAAACACCGAAGGCACUGCUUAACCAACGACACUCGUCGCCACCGUAAAGUCACCAUCCCUCUCUGCAUAACAUUUCUAUCUGUUAGAAAAAGAGGCGACGGAAACAAAGAAAAUAAAACCAACCACAUCAGCUAACAGCAGCAGCAACUAAAGCAAAAGCAACAUUCUAUAACAAUCGCUAUAAAAAAAAAUAAAAAAAAAAAAAAAAAAGAGUGAGAAAAGAAAGAUUACCAGCAAAAAAAACACUACUCCACAGUCUCCCCACGAAAUUCAAUCGAAAAGAAUUAUGCGAAGCAACAAGCUAAAAUUACGGUACGUAACGUAGAGAAAAAAAGAAGCGUUUUUGGUAAUCCAGCGAGCGAAUAAAAAACAAGUAUUGGUAAUUAGAGCGAGAUGUUAAAAAGCAGUUAGAUCAGUGUAGAGAGUCCUAAUGACGAUGACACACUUAUACACGUAAAAAACCUUGUUUUUACUGAACGCGUUUAUCCAUGAACCUUGGAUAGUUUAAGUUUUCUUCAAUCUGCGUUUUCGUUCGUCGGUUUUUCUUUUCUCGUUCCAGUCAACCUCGUGAUCAAAUAGGUUCGCGAAAAAAAUGUGAAUUUCCUUUAACUAAUCUUAUGUCCAUCUGUAAGAUGCGCAACUGCUCUUCUUUUCAUUACUGCUGUCAGAAAACUCGAGCAAUUAGUACUGUAAUUUUUGCUAUUUAAUGCUAAACUACGUCAGAUUACAUUAUUACUACUAUUACUACUAUUUCGUGGUGUGAAAAAAAACAUGAGAAACGAGACAAUUAGCGGUGGAAUAGUCGAAUUUAUGAAUUAUAAGAUAUAGAAAAAAGAAGAAAAAAAUAGUAAAAUGUAAGAAAGUUUAAAAAGGAGAAAAUCAUUAACCGAUUUUCGAUCAAAUUUAUCAAUUGACAGCAAUAAAAAAAAUGUACGGUCGAAGGAAAGUUAGGUCGAUUUUGUACCAGACUUAUCUUCGUACUAGAGAGAAACGAGACCGAGACUGUAUAACGUAUAGUGUUGUACGUUAAUGCAAAAAAAUGACAAAUUUUUCAUUCAAUCGGACGAUUAAUCGCUUUUUUGUUCUCGUUUUUUUUAUCGUUCUAUGUUUUACUUUUAAACAUUUUCGCCCUUGCAACGAUCCUUUAUUUUUUUUUCUAUUUUUUACGUUUCGUCGAAUGACCAUGUACAACCUUUAUUGCCUUUGCCAAAACUCGGUACAAUAAAGAUAACGAACUACAAUUAUAAAAUCAUGGAUAAACAAAAUUUGUAUUUAUAAUAACAAGAAAAUCUGAACAAGAUGAAAUAGCAAUGUGUCGAUUAAUAUUGUUGUAAGUGACGAAAAUAUACAGAACAAAAUGUAGAACUUUCGCUUGAUCGCUGACAGAAAGGCGUCCAUCCUUUUCUUUUUUUUUCGUAAAACCCCUGGUGGGUUACACGUGUAAUUUAAAGUUUCUUGAAUAGAAUUGAAAUGAAAUUGUAAUUUUUGUAGCUUAUCGAACUGGCCUUUUUCAAUGCGCAUAAUUAUAAAAAUGAUCAAAUUGAACAAUGAGAUUAAAAUAUAUUUUGUAAUAGUUCGAUAAGAAUGUCGCUUCUGCGUCUACGAAGUAAAUGUGUGCAUGAUUGAUGGUGGUUUUAAGUAUUCUAUUGAAAAUUAUGCCGACUGACCACCCUAUACAUGUACCGUUCCUAAAUCAUGAAAAUCGUUCGCAUGCAUUUUUUUAUAAGAAAAUUCGCCAAUAAAAUUGUUAUGCGCCAUUUUGUCAAAAGAAUAAUGCGGAGAAAAUGAAAAUGUUUGUGAAGAAGUUUUGCAUGGUCUUUUUUUUAUAAAAAGGAACAAUCAUAAUCUGUAAGUGUCUACAGAACAAUAAAGUGUACAAUUUUUCAUUCUAAAAAAAAAAAAUUAUAAGAGAGCUAAUAUCAUUCGUCAAUGUACAAUUAUCGAGUCUCAGUCUCAUCAUUUUUAUUUCUGUAUACUUCUAUCCGUUUUCUUGUCUCGUCAGAACAAUGUAAUGUGGGACGAACAAUUUUUGUCGCCCCCACACCACGCACGGGCGCGCGCGCACACGCACACGUACACAUACACACACGCAUACACACGAUAUCUUUUCUCUAUAUAAUAAAACAUCAAACUUUACCACCAUCAACUCGCGUCCCUACUUAUGAGUAAGUAUAUGCGUUCUUCCUUGUUUUUCGUCGGUCGUCGACGUAUCCUUUCAAGUUUCUUUGUUUCGUGAAGAAAAUGAGUAAAAUCUUAUUGAAAUCCUUUAUGAUUUGUGUGUCGAAAAAAGGCAAACAUGCUUAUAAAGCGAAAUCAAGGAGAGAAAAAAAUAUAAUAAUCUAGGAAUUGCUUUAUCGGGGGAGUUUACGAAAUUCUACUGUGCUAUGUUUUUGAAAUCUUGCGUUAUAAAUAACUUUGUCAACAUGUUGAUCAUAAAAAAACUUGUACACGCAUUUACUUAUUAUAAAAUAUCCUGAAAGGAUGAAUUAAAAAGAGAUAAAAAAGCACAGUUGAGCUGCACUCGUCAAAGCAAUUCGAAGGUUAGUUUUAAUUAAAAAAACAACUAUUACUAUUAUUACUACUAUUGACAAAGAGACCGAGUGUUUAAUCCAUUGGAGAGAGAAAGAGAGAGAGAGAGAAAGUCGUGGCUGACUGUGAAAAAUUAUACUACUUAAAGAUUAAAAAAAAAAACGUAAGAUGCAUGUGUUAAGUGAAAUUACAAAGUUGAGCAUAGUUACUAACAAUCUUAGAAGAAACAAUAUUGAUACAGUUUAAUAAAAGCAACGGGAUAAAGCUCAAGGGGAGAGACUGAUUUAAGAUCGUAGGGAGACUUUAACUUCGAUCUUUUAGCUCGUCUCCUUUUCAUGUGAAGAAAUCUCAAGUAUAAAAAAGCGGUUUUUUAAAAGCAAGUUUCAUAAUACGAUAAACUAAAAAUGUAGUGUUUUGCCAUGCAAAGCCAAUGGUUUAAAGAUCACUGAAAAAACAGUUAAAUAAUCACAAAAAAAAGAGUAAAAUACAAGAAAAAGCAUGCACCGCCUUCUUUCGCUUGUUUCAUCCUUAGUCGAAAAUAACUGGCUAUACGGAAAAAAAUAAGGAAGGAUUUUAGAACAUAAUGAUGUUGGUCGAGUGAGGUGGUGUUCAAUUUUUUUUUGAGCAAAAUCUCUUGUACGACUUCAGAAAACAAAAUGUGAAAAAUAUUUAAAAAAAAAACAAGAAAAAACGAUUAAAAAAAGAAAACGAAAAAAAAAAUGAUUUGAUCGCAGACGGCAAAAUUUGUUCGUUUUGUGGAACGAAAGUUGCACGUCCGCGUUAAGCGUUGCGCAGAGUAUUACCCAGUGAAUUUUGUACCGUGAACAAAAAUAAAAAAAAACUUUAAGAAAAAUGAAAUAAAAAAAGUUGAAACGUGAAGCUCUAAUGCUAAUUUUUCGUAACAUGGAUAUUAAUUUUUUCACGAAACAUGUGCAUUAUAACGAAAUAAACGAAACAAAAAAAAAUCGAAAAAAUUUUACAAAUC